AUGUUUCCAAAAUUAUUGAAUCCUAUCUAUGAUAUGGAUUUAACCGAAAAAAAUAAAUAUCAAAAAGAUCUUAUGUUUUUGGAUUUAUAAGGACUGAAAAUAUAGAGACCUGCUCAACCACUAUUUAAUCAGCAAAUAACAGAUAAAAAUUAAUAAAAAAAUGACCCUUCAAUAUUAAGAUUGAAACAUGAGAGAUUUUAUAAUAGUUCAGUUCCAUCUUUACCACCAUUAUACAUAAUUAGGCCAAUUAGAAAGGAUGGAAAAGGUCGAGGUUAUAUUAAAGCAUAAUUUAUAAAAAAUUAGUUUGAAAAUUAUGAAAAGCUAUUUCAAAGCUGA